UUGAAAAGUGACGAUUCCAUCCGCUACACAAAAUAGAUCCCAAUUAAUCGUAUUUUAAAAGAAAACAGACCGACUUAAAAUACAAACGAAUUUCUGUGUCGAUAAACUAAAUUUGUUCCUUGCUCAUAAAUUCGGGUACAAAAAUCAUUAAGUGUAGUAAAAAAUAACUUCAAAUAACAAUAAUAAUAAACCAGUGGAGUGAUAUUUGACAAGCACAGUACUGCGUAGACUGGGGAGUAGUUAUCUUGGCUAAAGUAGCACCUUGCAUGCCGUUUAAUUUUUUAUACAUUAAAACAAAAUUAAUAAUAAGUGAUGCCUGGAAUGAUGGAAAAGGGUUCAGAGUACUUAGGGAAAGGACGAUCGAACGGAACCAAGAGUCCUUCCAACGCCUCGAAUGGACAUUUUUCUGACGAAAGCGGCAGCGACGACGAGCACGAUGUGGGAAUGCGAGUGGGGUCUGAAUACCAAGCAACCAUCCCCGAAUUUGAUCCCGGUUCCACAAAAUACAGCGAAAAAGACAGCGGGGGCAUGUUGGUGUGGUCCCCAUAUCACACGAUUGCCGAUACUAAAUUGGAUGAAUACGUUGCCAUUGCAAAAGAAAAACACGGAUACAAUGUUGAGCAGGCUCUGGGCAUGCUCUUCUGGCACAAACACAAUAUAGAGAAGUCCCUGGCAGACCUGCCCAACUUCACCCCGUUCCCUGAUGAGUGGACCGUGGAGGACAAAGUGCUGUUUGAGCAGGCCUUCAGCUUUCAUGGGAAAAGCUUUCAUAGAAUUCAACAAAUGCUCCCAGACAAGUCCAUCUCCAGUCUUGUAAAAUACUACUACUCCUGGAAAAAGACACGUUCCAGGACAAGUCUAAUGGAUCGACAAGCCAGAAAGUUAGCAAGCCGAAACAAUCAGGAUGAAAGUGAUGAUGAAAUGGAAGAAGCCAAUCCCAUUGAAGCGAACGACAGUGAUUAUGACCCAACCAAGGAGACCAAGAAAGAGACUCACUCUGAAACACCAGCCCCCACCACUAAGAUCGGGCUGGGGAGACGAGAACAUCAGACUCUCCAACAUCGACACCACUCCCAGCGAGCCAAGUGCCGACCCCCCAAAGGCAUGUACCUCACUCAGGAGGACGUGGUAGCUGUUUCCUGUAGCGCCAGCGCCGCUAACACUGUUCUUAGGCAGCUGGACAUGGAGCUAGUGUCGUUAAAAAGACAGGUUCAAAAUGCAAAGCAGCUGAACAGCGGGCUGAAGCAGAAGACGGAAGCUGGAAUCGAUGACUUCAGGCUGCCUGAGUGCAACCAGAAAGUAAAUGCCCGCUGGACAACAGAUGAACAGCUUCUUGCAGUUCAAGGGGUCCGGAAGUACGGGAAAGACUUCCAAGCUAUUGCCGAUGUUAUCGGUAAUAAGACCGUUGGGCAGGUAAAAAACUUCUUUGUGAACUACCGUCGGCGCUUUAACUUGGAGGAGGUGCUGCAGGAGUGGGAGGCGGAGCAGGGGACGCAACUCCCCCGUGGUGACAGCGCCCCCUCUGGGGAGGAGGGGAAGAACAGUUCCAGCACCCCAUCAGGGAAGAGUACGGACGAGGAGGAGGAGGAGGGUCCAGUGAGCCCGUCUCCAGGCCCCCACACUCCAGCGUCAGGUGCAGCAUCCCUAAACCAGCCCCCACCCCUGCUGCGCCCCUCCCUCCCUGCCACACCCGCCCUGCACAGGCAGCCCCCACCCCUGCAGCAGCAGGCCCGGUUCCUGCAACCCCGCCCUACCCUGAACCAGCCCCCACCUCUCAUCCGCCCCUCCAAUCCCCUGCCCCCCCGCCUCAACCCCCGGCCUGCCAUGGCCCCCGCCAGUGGCCAGCAGCCCCCCACACUGAUCGGCAUCCAAGCUGAGAUGCCAUCGUCCUCUCUGCACUGAGGCAGUGCCUCUUACAGGCCAUCAGCAUCCAGGCUGAGACACCAUCGCCCUCUCUGCACUGAGGCAGUGCCCCCUACAGGCCGAGACACCAUCGCCCUCUCUGCACUGAGACAGCGCCCCCUACAGCCCAUAAGCAUCCAGGCCGAGACACCAUCGCCCUCUCUGCACUGAGACAGCGCCCCCUACAGCCCAUAAGCAUCCAGGCCGAGACACCAUCACCCUCUCUGCAGUGAGACAGCGCCCUCUACAGGCCAUAAGCCUGCUACUUAAAGGACUCUUUUCUGCUGAUGUCAGAUGUGGAAGAUGUGUGUUGUAUUGGGCAUGACUUAACCUGCCUGGAGUUUCAAUAUAUUAGGAAAGGUUUUGCUUAUUGUGGAGUUAAUAUUGUUAUGUAUAUUUUGGCAAAGUACCUUUUUUUGUAUUUAUUUUAGAAUUUGAUGUGCUUAAUUGGUCCUAUGAUGGAUUUUUUAGAACAGAUACUUGAUAAUGGAACAUAGAUAUGCUCUAACUCUCAGCUUCUAUAGAAAUGUAAGUCUGCUUAACUGACAAUAGCUGCCAGGAGAAUGUACCAAAACAACACUACACCUCUGCAGCAGCUGUUGGCCUGUUGCAGGCAUAAUGUGACAUCAAGGUAUUCUGUAUUUGAUUUAAUACAGUUAAUUAUGUUACGUGCAGAUUUCUUUCAUUUAGAAUUAGUUCUCUUCUGUAUAUAAUCGGUUAUUUAUUUUUCUACUUGGUGCUAUGAACUCUGGCUAAUUAUGCCAGCGUGCAGAACAAUGACCACCAUAAAAGUGCUCUUAAGUACCUUGAAGUUUGCAUCUUUCCUUUGCUUUUUGUAAUAUGUAUGGAUUUAAUUUGACCCUUUGUUAUGUCAGAUUAGGGUUAGUUAAAAUGUAGGUAAAGGUUGUGCUGGCUUUGGGGUUCAAUGGGGUGUUAUUUACCAAUAUUUGAAUACUCUAAACAGAGAGAAUGUUACAGAAUGCUGGUGUGUCCAGUCCACUUGUUUUUUAUUUAUUUUAUAGCAUCAUUCAAAGAAAAGGAUUUCAUUUUCCUUCAUUUGCAAAGUGGGACUGUAUCUGAGCAGUUUGAAUAUCAGAAUGGAGUUUGGUGAGAAACGUACCCAUUUUCCUUGUAUUUCGAAUUCUUAGAUUAAGGUUGUGUCCAUACGACUUGGCUUUGAGAAAGUAGUUUACACCUAUAAGAACAAAAGAUACUCAAUGCUUAGGAGUCCAAACUAGUUAUGACGAGAACUGAAUAAAAUCAUGCAUUGUGUGUGAGUAUUUUAGGAUACAAGUAAAAUGAUUCUUUUAUUCCAUGUAAACACUGAAACGGGCAUGGCAUGUGCAGCAGUAUGCACUCUGGGACUGAUGACCAGUAUGUAUCAUCACUGUGCUCCAUUUUGCCUUAAAUACACUGUACCCCAGUCUAGUCAUUAGGGUUGUUUUUCCUCAGUGUGAACUCCAUGCAUGUGUGCUGUUGUACCAUACCUCAUCCAUUAAGGUGGUGUUUUAUCUUCUGCAUUCAUUUUUCAUAUAUAGCAUCUGAUUUAGUUCGGCUCCUGCUUGUAUUAGGUUUGUUUUGCUCUUAAAGUCGUUUCUCUAAUAUAACAAAUGUGCAGUUAGAGCACAUCAUUUGCCAAUAAUUUGUAUUAAGUUUGAAAUUUGUAAUUGCUAUUUGUGGUAUGCACUCUGGUUGAGAUAAAUCUGACUUGAGAUGAAAUGGCAGUUCAGACAAUAUCAUAAAAUAUCAGGUAAAGCAACAAUGACUAGCAUAGAAACAACUUUUGAAAUGGCACUUUAAACUGUAGGAUUUAACCUAGUUAAGUUCCUGGGGAGUUUCUGUCCGAGUCCAGGUGUUAGCUCUCAGAUUUACUUUUCACAGGUCCUCAGGUAGAGAGUUUUGCCUAGAUGAGUGUAAUAGGUGGUGUGUCCUGGGAACCCUGGCAUGUACAGAAUGCACACUCUAAAAGGAAAUUAUGCUAGAUUAUGUAUGUCACAGCCUCUACGCCUCUACUUGUAAAAAAAAAAAAAAAAAAAAAAAGACUGCUGCAAGUUCAGUUCUAGGAUAGAGCAUUUCUUUCAGCAUGCUUUACCUGUUUCAGGUGCUUUCAAAUGGGUUAUGUACUGCUGACCACAUGUCUAUGUCAUGAUGGGUAACUGCAUAUACUCUCCCUUUAAAUUCAUCUCAUUUUAAGAGGUACAGAUCAUUUUUUUAUUCCUAGAAUUGUAAGUCUGCAUGGAGAGACUGUUGUGACUCACUGCUUAAUAUAAGGAUUUUGUUGUCACAUGCUUGUUAUUAAAAAAGGACAUUUGGAAA